UGGCAUUGAAUUGACAUUUCAACAUGAACGUCCUCAUCUUCGGAGGUGUAGACUUCGCAACAAUCUGGCUUAUUUGGAACUUGGUCCUUUUGAUCGCCACGGCCUCUGAAAAUUCGAAAUUAAACGUCUUUGGAAGGUCCCAAAAUGUGCAUCCAUUGCUGUCGACUAAGCCGGACUCCCUGUCCAAAAAUCCCAUACAGCUGUCCCCACUGUCCGGUACGCACCAUCUCUAGAUGCUGUCCUUUGGGUAGCUAUACGAUUCCGGGCGGUAAGCCCAAGUACGAACAUCCCUGGAUAAGGGGUAAGGAUCCGAGGACUUUGCCAAAUCCCUGUGUGGUGGGACCACCGCGUUGGCUGGAAACGAACCGGGAGGCUAUUUUCGCCCUGGCCGCCAAGGUGAAUCGGUCCCCAGAAGCUGCCCAUUAUCUGGUGAUACAGUUACUGCACGCCAACUACAGGAAAGUAAUGAUGAUAUCCCGAAAAAGACGCACCUUUAAGGUGCCCUUGGCUGGCUAUCCGGAUCAGGAUUGCUUUACUGCUGGCAAUACGAUUAUUGAUAGCAAUGGUGAUGUUAUUGCUCCAAUGGCUCCGGAUACUCUGAGCAAGUUGCUCCUGAUGAUGCAGGACUACAUCUUCCGUUUGAGGCUGCUAAACAGGAAGUACAAGUGGUAUGGGAACGGGGAUGAUCACGGUAACAUUCAAUGCCUGCUGGGAGAGCAAGAUGAACUGGUGCGACUGCUGAAAGGCCUCUUCGGAGGCAGUAGUGACAUUGUGGCCGUCACGGAUCUUCUCACGGCCCUAAACGAGCUGGACUUUCAAGAUCUGUACACCAAGAAAAAGACAAAGGCAUCUCCCUGGCUGGUGCGAGACAUUUCCGAUCUAUAUUUGGAAGUGACGGCACCGUCCGAAGAAGCCUCGCCAAGCCCACCAAUAAUUGGCGAUGCCUUCCAUAUGUCGGACUAUAAGCUGCCAUUCACAUAUUCAACAAGAGGGAAUCCCAGUAAGGCCUUUAUGCGAGGCAGGAUGAGGCAUAUUGAGAGAAAUGACGACACGACCCAAGAAGUUGUUAAGCCCAAAAAGGUGCGCAAAGGCAACUACGUGGCCAGAGAAAUACCGCAGCUCUUCUUCGGGCCCUUCGACCGGAGAAACAGUGCCACUUGGAUGUCCCGACACCCAGACACCCUCAGGUUAGGACCUACGGGCCAAAUAGAAAAGCGCCGGGUGAAGCAUUACAGGAACAGUAUUGAAAAUGCAAAAUUCAAACGAUUGGCAGAUAGGAUGUCCAUACACAGCGAAAAGUCCGACAGAUCGGGCGAUUUCAAGGAUAUGUUCGGUCGCGAUGUUUCCCAUAAGAGGAUUGGCAAAAGCCCCCGAGGCAGCUUUAAAAAAAAGAACCAUAAUAGGUCACGACGACAAAGCCAAACUUCAGCUUAAAGAAAAUCCUUAAAAUGGAUUUUUUUUAGAAGACUAACCAAAGGUCGUGACUACUGAGCCCAAGUUACUCAAACAUUGGAACAGUAGUCAUGGUCUUUGGUUGGGCUCUGAAAAAAAUG